AUGGUUCUCAAAUUAUAUGGCUCAGCCAUGACCACAUCUCGCGUCUUGGUCACAAUUCUCGAGAAGGAGCUACCAUACGAGCUUGUCCUUGUUGACAUUGCUAAGGGGGAGCAUAAAAACGAGGAGUAUAAAAAGCUGCAGCCUUUUGGAAAGGUACCCGCUUUGGAUGAUAACGGAUUCUUGAUGUUUGAGAGCAGGGCUAUCUGCAAGUAUCUAAGCCGGUAAUAAUUUGCAGUGGUGCAUCUACAAAUGCAUGAGUCGCCCUCUAAUAAGCCCUUAUAGAAAGUAUCCUUCGGGAAAGAAGUUGAUCCCGGAGGACGAUGAGGCAUACGGUCGCUUUGAGCAAGCGUGUUCAGUGGAAUAAAGUUAUUUUGCUGCAGCAGCCGAGACUAUAGGAACCGAGCUUUUUAUCAAACCGUAAAUCCGUCCCCACCUUUCGUCUACCCAUUCUACUGCUUUCGUAUUUUGGCUGAUAGUAAGUCUCGCAGAGCAAAGGGCCUUGGUCCACCCGACAGAGCCAGAGUUGCUCAGGCAGAAACGGACCUCGAUACAGUUCUUUCGUUUUAUGACAAGGUUUUGGAAAAACAAAAAUAUAUUGCGGGGGACGAAUUGACCUUGGCUGAUCUGUUUCAUCUGCCCAAUGGAGCGAGUUUAAAGGCGGGUAAGUGGAAGGAGGCAUUCGCCAAGUAUUCGAAUGUGGACAAGUGGUUCAAGGGAUUACAGGAGAGAGAGACAUGGUUGAAAGCUGCUGCGGAAACCGGAACCAUGCCAUAA